AUGAACACGGUCCUAGACAGUAAUCCGCCAGAUCUCGUCGUGUUCAAUGGAGAUUUAGUUACCGGAGAGAAUCUGUUCUUAGAGAACAGCACCCAUUACGUUGACGUGAUGGUCGCUCCUCUCAUCGAGAGAAAUCUCACUUGGGCUUCAACUUAUGGAAAUCACGAUUAUCAGUUCAAUGUCUCUGGGCAAGGUAUCUUUGAGCGAGAGAAGCGGUUUUCGAACUCCCGUACGCGUAGGAUGGUCGCUGGCGACAAUGCCGGCGUAACCAACUACUACCUACCCGUGUAUGCCGAGGGCUGUCACCACUGCGAUUGUGUCCCCGAACUGCUACUGUGGUUCUUUGACAGCCGAGGCGGUUUCAAGCUUCAGGAGCGUCAAGCGAACGGCGCAGAUGUUAGCCACCCUAAUUGGGUCGAUCCAUCCGUCGUCGAGUGGUUCAGAACAUCUCAUGCACGCAUUUCCCAACGCUUCGGCAAGAUCAUACCGUCUCUCGGGUUCGUUCAUAUCCCCACACAAGCAUCCCAGGCGCUUCAAUUGUCAGGCGUACACCCCAAUCACCAGCCUGGCAUCAAUUACGAUACCCCACUCUCGCAGCAGGCUCAAGGAUGGUGCCCAGACGGCAAACCAAACACGAAGUGCAAGUAUGGAGGUCAGGAUGCCCCGUUCAUGGAAGCCAUAGCCUCAACACCAGGAAUUAUUGCGCUCUUCUCGGGCCAUGACCAUGGAAACACUUGGUGUUACAAGUGGGACAAAGCUGUGAGUGGGGUGGCUAUCGAGGGAAACGGCGUGAAUUUGUGCUUUGGUCAACACACGGGUUAUGGCGGGUACGGCAGCUGGAUUCGGGGAGCUCGACAGGUCCUCGUGACCCGUGAGGGGCUCAAGAACUUUGAGGUCGAGACAUGGAACAUCCUGGAAGACGGCCAAACUGUAGGCUCUGUGGCACUCAACGCUACUUACGGCCUUGACUCGUAUCCCGAGGUUUCGGACGAUCACACGAGCUGUAAUUGCCUCCUCAAUAUCGAGCGUCCCGAAGUACGCCGAUGUGAAAGCUACAUACCCCCGCACUAG